GACCCCCACUCCCUAGAAAUGCCCGAGCGCACAACCACCUACUCUCUCACAUGUGGCUGAGGUGUGAUUGUUAGUAGCUGACAUUUGUUUUAGGUCGUCGCUCUAGAUUGUCGAUAUAGCAUCUCUAUAUAAAGAGUCCGUGCUGAACGCCACCAAACUGACACUAGAAGCCAACAUGCUGCGUGUGGUUCUGCUUAUGGGGGCCCUGGCCGUGGGCUCUGCACAACCCGGAAAGAACACGACCAAGCCACACAUCGUCUUUAUCGUGGCCGACGACCUGGGUUGGAAUGAUGUCGGCUGGCACAACCCUGACGUCAAGACACCUGUUCUGGACCAGCUGGCUCACAAAGGAGUCAUCUUCAACCAGUCUUAUGUCAACUACGUCUGCACGCCGUCCAGGACAGCAUUCAUGACUGGGUACUUCCCUUAUCAUGUGGGAUCACAGCAUUUAGUAUUCAGACCAGACACACCCUCGGCUAUUCCGUCCAACUUCACCUUCCUGCCCCAGAAGCUGAAGGAGUUAGGGUACUCCACUCACAUGGUGGGCAAAUGGCAUCUUGGCUUUUGCAACUGGAAGUACACCCCGACCUACCGCGGGUUCGACUCUUACUAUGGCUACUACUGUGGAGCAGAAGACUACUACACUCACUUCCGAUCCAACAACAAAGAGGGCGGAAUUGAUUUUCAUGACAACAAAGAUCCUGUGACAGACCAGAAUGGGACGUACAGUGCUUAUCUGUUUUCUGGGCGCGCUGUGGACAUCGUAAACAAACAUGACCAAAACAUUCCACUGUUCCUGUACCUGCCCUUCCAGAAUGUCCACGCACCACUAGAGGUUCCUAAAAGGUUUGAGGACAUGUACAUAAAUGUGCAGGAUGAAAACAGAAGAAAGCUACUGGGGAUGGUGAGUGCCUUGGAUGAGGCUGUCGGUAACGUUACCAUGGCGAUGAAGAAAAUGGGGCUGUGGGACAACACUCUUGUCAUCUUCACCACUGAUAAUGGUGGCAUGAUUAUCCAAAGCGGCAACAACUACCCCCUGCGUGGUGGGAAGACCACCCUAUGGGAGGGGGGUACCAGAGGUGUGGCCUUUGCACACGGCAAGAUGCUACAGAAAACUGGCUACACCAACAAUGAGAUGAUCCAUGCUGUCGACUGGUUCCCAACAAUCCUGGCAGCCGCAGGUGGAACUGCAGAUCCGGGCAUAGAUGGUGUGAGUCAACUGGACACCAUCGUGUCUGGCAAGCCCUCCCCCCGUACUGAGUUUGUCUACAACAUUGACAACAUCUUCCCUACAAUCCAAGGUGCCAUCAGGGUUGGAGAUUACAAGUUGAUUGAAGGGUUUGCUGGGCUACCAGAUGGAUGGUACCCACCCCCAAACAUGACUGGCAGCCGGCCCGACAACAAGGAUCCCAUCAGCGGCACAUGGCUGUUCAAUCUGAAAGAUGACCCCACAGAACACCACAACUUGGCGGACACCAUGCCUGACAAGCUGAAGGAGAUGCGGGCUAAGCUGGAUGGUUACAGGAAGACCCUGGUGCCUGCCAUCAACCCAAAGGCUGACCCCAAAUCUGACCCCAAGAACUGGGGAGGGGUGUGGUCCCCAGGCUGGUGCUAAGCAACAGGGCUGAUUCCCCAGGCAGUGCUUUAUAGGGCAACUGGUUUGUCUAACUAACGCUAACACCAAGGCUAGAUAUUUCAUUCAUAUUCUUAUCCUUUCUGUCAUCAAAGUUGAAUAUGACAAAUAUUGUAAAUGAUUGUGAAUUUGUGAUUAUUUAGUAUGAAUAUGCUGUUGGUUUGUAAAGAUGUUGUUUAACUUGCCGUUGUUUAUAUUUUCUGAGGACUCUAUUAAUCGAUUAUUGAAUAAAGAUUGUUGAAAAUAGAUUUUGCCAAAUUAGGUCAAGCAAUACCUACAUACCAAAAAUCAUAAUGAUCCAUCAACCCCAUCUUCUUUCAAUGAUUUUGACAAAACAAAUUGCUAGAAGACCUAGAAGGCCCAAACUUACUUAACUUCUUUCCGAGCAUAAGAGCUACCACCAAAAAAUCCAGCAAUAAUUUGUUAAAGGUUGGUGUUAUAGACAAUAAAAAACAUUGUAUUCAUAAAACAUUCAUUUGAACUCGCAGGUAGUUACACCUCAUUCAGUAAGCAUACACUUUAGAUCUAGAGUUAUGGUACUAUUCUUGUGUCCCGCUGACUCCUGCACUAUACUAGACUGUCAUUGUUUCUGAGAGUUCUUUGGUGGAUAUCACCUUGUGCAGAUGGCAGCCAUGUGCAACAUGUUUGAUCCUCAUGUACCCUUUGUGUUGAAUAAACUUAAGC